AUGACGUAUAGAUAUGAUUAUCGCCCACCAAACGGGGGUGUUGAAGGUUCGACAGUACUUUUUGAGCCUGUUGCAAGGGAACAUAGGGCUACUUUUUCAUGUGGCGGGGGUUACGGCAGGAAUGUGAUGCCUGAGAUUCCCCGGCCCAUGGUGCUUCCGCUAGUGGACUACUUGGAUUCUUUUGACAAGCGGUUUAUUGAAGAUUGGGAUGAAAUUACAACGGUACAGAUGGUAAAGUUGGCGACAUUGCUGAAUUACGAAGAGUUGCUGAACUUAGCGUCCGCCAAACUGGCUGUGUAUUUGUCUGAGAAGUCCAUUGAGGGGUUACGAGCCUUUCUUGGCGUGGAGAAUGACUUCAAGGCUGAAGAAGAGGCUGAACUCAGGAAAGAGUACGGAAGAAUGUCAGAGGAGAAGUAG